AUGGAGCGGUUCUGGAUGUGGACGGCUGCGCUGGGCUCCCUGAUGGUGGUGGACGUGGCGUGGACUCGACCCGUUAAGGAGGAUCAGCAGCUGAAGCCUCAGGAUGUGCAGCUGGCUCAGACCUACCUCAGGAUGUUCUACAGUCUGGACCUCAGAGAUCCUCGAGGUGGAGCCAGGAGGACCAGGUCUGUGUCAGCCCUGGAGGAGAAGAUUGGAACCAUGCAGAAGUUCUUUGGUCUGACAGAAACUGGACCCCUGGACUCCGACACACUGGAUGUGAUGAGGAGGCCCAGAUGUGGUGUUCCAGAUGUGGACAACUUCAGCUUCUACCCCUACAGGCCUAAAUGGAAGAACCAGACCAUCACGUACACGAUUUCCCAGUACAGUCCAGACAUGAGCAGAGAGGAGGUGGAGAGGUCCUUCCGUUUGGCCCUGAAGAUGUGGAGCGAUGCAACUCCACUGAGCUUCGUCAAGGUCAACCAGGGCGAAGCUGACAUCGUCCUCUCCUUCGCUCGCAGAGAUCAUGGAGACUUCUCUCCCUUCGACGGCGCCGGAGGAGUUCUGGCUCACGCUUUUCAGCCGGGAGAUGGGAUAGGAGGAGACGUGCACUUUGAUGAGGACGAAACCUGGACUUCAGGAAGCCAAGCAUAG